CUCCUGGGAUGGGAAAGAAGAGAUCAUCUCUUCUCAGGAAAGAAUACAAGAUCCUCCUUCUAGGCAUAAGCCAGGCCAGGCACGAGUUCUGGCAGGAGGAUCUAGCCAACGACCCUAGACAGGGGCCAGGUGGCUAAAGGGCUCCAGGCCAAAAUCCCAAACCCAGUGGCCGGUGGCUGAGGCCCAGAUCCUAAGAAUCUGAUGUCUGCAGGAGGACAGGCCCCUGAGCACUGAUUUACCAGCUGCCUUCCUAGGGCAGGGGUCUAGGGCGAGGCUUCGUCCAGGCUGACCCGAGGGCAGUGCUGAGCCCGCAGUGCCUCUGAGCAGGGGCUGCAGUGGGGCGUUGGCCUCGGGAGGCACAGUGCGGCCUGACGGAGCUCAGAGGGGCCUGUAGGUCUGAGCACGUGUGUGUUUCUUGAGGAGAGAAAUCCACUGACGCAAGAAAGCCAGGGCGGGUCCCACACAGAAAAUCCUUCUUUACAUUCUUCAAGGAAGGAAAAGGGAAAAUGUUCUUAUCUAUGUCAAAAAUGAGUACAAGGACAGGACACCUCGGGGCCUGUUAGGUAAAUGUAGCAAGUCCUGUGUAUAGACACCGAGCCUCUGCAGCUUGUCUAUGGAGGUGAGUGAGACUUGGUCCCAGCCUGUCAUGUUUUUGGUCCCUCAGCAUCACUUGGAGCCAAAUGGAAAGAAAAAGUAUAAAAAAAGAAGUGGAUCUCUGAAAGCUUGCAGGGAAUUCCUUCGUGACCUGGGAGAGAUUAAGGACCUGUUACUUCUUCUGAGAAGCCGCGUGAGGAGGCUCCUUGACAACGGUGACUCUCAGAUGUCAUCGCAAGAGCAGCCCAGUGAGGGGUCCGAAGCAGAGCCUGCGGGAGCCCAGUGGCCGUGCGGGGAGCCUGAGGACAGCACUGCUCCUGCCGUGGGCCCUUCGGCUCCCUUGGCUCCUCCGGCCACACGCUCUCCACCUCUGGCCUCCAGCUGCUCACCAGGCCUGCUAACGUCCAAAGUUGGUGUCCAUUCAGACUCGUCCCGGAGUGACUCUCAGCCACCAGAGCCUCUCCCACGUACUCCUUCCCCUUCCCCACCAAAUUCCACGGAUUCAGAGCCUUGCCCUCCACCUCCAAUGGCUUCCUUUGUCCCACCACCAAGCUCCACUCCGACUCACACUCAGCGUGACUCAAUGGCACUCUGCCUAGGCACCCUCCCAUGGAGCUCGGCCCCAUAUGCACACUGGCUGGCUUCUCACACCCGAGUCAUCUCAGGCGUUGGUCGCGCAACCUCGCCCGUGCCAGCCCCUUCCAGGUGUCAGGCAGAUGGCAAAGCCUGGAGCCGCUCGACCUCCUCACGAUCCAAGUCGCAGCAAGAACACCUGCCCCAACACCCACCAGAGGUCUCAUUCUGGGGACACCCCACAGACAAACAGGUAGAGGCUUGUAGCCCCUCAUUUGUCAACCCUGACACCCAGAAGCUGCGGGAGACACUGAUCAGCAGGAGAACAGAGCAGAAGAUGAGGAAGGAGAACGAAAAGGGAGAUGGGUCAGACCACCGCCUGAAUUCUUUGGGGACUGUGAAGUCCCUGGGUGAGAGCACAAAAGGCAAACCAGAGCAGCUGGCCAGUCAUGGAAAGCCCCCAGAUACUAAAGAUUUGGGGGUCCAUUUACAGCAGAAAUGCGAACAGUUCUUCUGGGGUAUCCCCUUUCUACACAGCGAGUCGCUGGAGGCUAAUGCCAGGGAAUCUGGUUCCCAGCACGAUAUUCGCUCUGUCUCUUUCAAUGGACACUCUUCUGCCUUCCCAUUCCGAUUUCAGGCUACACGCACAGUAGGGCCACGCAUUUCACCAACCCAACCCCUGCCUCAGCCUGUGGCCCCAUCCCAGCCCUUGUAUCAGCUUGCGGCCCCAUCCCAGGUCCUGCCUCAGCUUGUAGCCCCAUCCCAGCACAAUCUGGAAUGUCAUACUGUGGAGAAGCAGCGAGAAAGUGAGCAGAAGACCUUACCUCCUAUGCUUCAAAAAGCUCAAGUCUUCAGCCCAGUGAGUCCCCUCCCUGCCCCCUCACCUACGUAUGAGGAAAUCCAGAAGACCCUGGGAGAGACCCUACCUGAUGAUGGCCACGCAUCCUCAGAGGCCCCUCUGACCACACAGGCGAGCAGGCCACCUGCGCAGACCUCCACGUGCAUGUCUGUGGCCAGAAUGUGGCACAGCGAGAUGGCCGUGAGGGCCCACAGAGCCAGCCUGGAGCUGCACCCAGGUGCAGCCACGGCCAGCAGUGAGUCAGGUGGGGAGGGUGGAGGCUGGGCCGCAGGAGUCCCCCACUGCAGGAUCACAGUGUUGGAGGGCAGCACUGGGUCCCCUUCUUCAAGUGCUGAUGAAGACGGGGAGUCGGUGGUGGCUGAGGAGGCCUGUGCUUAGAAUGUCACCUUGAAAUCCAGUGUGCCGGCCAGCUCCCAAAUUACUAAUGUGGAUCUGAGGAGAUCAGGGACUCCAGGGACAAAUAAAAUCCCAACACUGCCAAGUGAAAAGGGUGCGAUUCAGGAUCCGGAAGAGCCACGGCCUGAUGCACAGCACAGUGACUCUGAGCUCCGCGAGAAGGUAGCGUCUGGGAAGCAGCCUGCGGACAGCGGCCCUGCUGAGCUUCUUCAGGACUGCGACGCUCCCGCGCUCCCGCAGCACUCCCGGGCGUUUCUUGCCGCAGACGGUUCGGAUUCUCAGAGCUCUCUGUGCAGCUCGCAGAGCACAUCAACUGGGGACACAUCAGCUGUGCAUGUGUCAGGUGACAUCAUGUUGAGUAGAUGGGCCUCACAUCAGAGCAGCCAGGGGCUGCAGGGGUCCUGGAGACGGGAGGAGCCAGAUCAGAGCCAGAGCAAGAUGGCUGUCCCUGCUGGUGAGGAAAAGCACUGUAGGAGGUCCAGCCAAGGAGAGCAGGAGAAAAGAUCAGCAGAACCGAGGGCCUCCCAGGACAAUGGGAUGCUAAAUAAGGAUAAGGAAACAGUAGAAUCCUUAAGAAGCAAGUCCUGCCAGCUGGGACAGAAGGAGGAACAGGCUCCUCCAGAAAGCCACCUCACAAAAAAGACACAGCACGUUCCGCGGGGGAUUUUCUGCAGUGAACUUCCCCAGCAAAAAGGCAGGCCUCCGUCAGCCACUGCCCAGAGCCAGGGACAAGACAAUAGCAGAUCUGCUCCAGACAGCGCGGCUGCUGAGGCUCAGGGGAUCGCGACAGCCUCGUCCCCUGUGGGACGGAUCCUAGGCGAGAAAAUCAAACUUCAAAAUGGACGUCCUCCCUCGGAGUUAAAUUGGCACAAAGGGCAAUUCCAGGCUCCCGCAGGAGAACAUGGUGCCACAGACUUCUGGUACCACAGGCUUCUCUCCUAUGAAGAGCAAGGGAGGGCGACGAGACAGAAAGCCUGCAAUCUACAGGCCACCCUGAAGGGCCACAGCAGUGCUGGCAAGAGCAGGCUGGCCAGAGACAAGGACGGCAACAGGGCCUUCCCACCCCCGUGAGCUGGGGUGCCCGGUCAGGCCCAGCCAGCACGGGCCAAGGGCGGCAGGUGCCUCAGCCUGCACCCUCCACUGCCCAAGGCAUCCUAUGAUUCAGAGAGAUGUGCCAUCUGUUCAGCGGGAGCGGGGUUUCAUGUGUUUCCUGGGACAACUUUUCUUCAAGAAAAGAUCCAUAUAGUGUGAAGAAAACUUGGUUUUCCUUACGUCAGCACAUCCCCUUAGUGCUGAUGGAUUCUUCCUACCUCAACUUCCAUCAUUUCCCAAAAUACAUGCUUUUCUCUCAGGAGAGGUGGUGGCUUCUGUCUGUGCCCUGCUGGGGGAAGGGAAGGAGUCAGGGUCCGCUCUUCCCACGCAGCCACCGUGGCUUCCCGAGAGGUGGAAAUGGAGGUUGAGGAUGCCUGUGGUGUGGCAUGCCCACCUGCACCCCUUGCCCUCGAUGCACCUUAGGUUUCCAUGAGAGCCUCAUUACAAAACAAAAGCAUCUGGACUUGAGAAGAUGAGGAAAACCUGUAAGAUGCCCCCCAACCCCAGGAUCUGGCUCAGCCGGCCCCACUGCUUGCUCUUGGGCAGCUGUGAGGGAGACGUUUAAAGAGGCUGAAAUUCCCCUCAGGCUCCAGAAAGUAUCUGAAAAGUUCCCCGCAGGCGCAGGGGUGUCCGGGGCAGUGCUUGCCUGAGAGCAGAGGCGCAGGAGACCUCCCCCACCCGGAGCUCCGGGUGGGGAGUAGCUGACACCUGCCGGGCAGCCCCUUCUGUCCUGAUGAAGCCGGGGUUGCGGUGGGCUCGGGUCCCUCUAGCUCAGCAUCCCUUCCCUCCACCCUUCUCCCACUCAGGAGCAGCAUAAAGAGGAUGCAGUCCCGGCUCUGAGGGUGUGCGGGUGGGGUGCACAGAGGUCCUGAGGGAUGGGCCACACCUUCCCUUCUGAGGAAUCAGGGAUCAAGGCUGUUGUGGCUUGUGCACAGUCACCAUCUGAAGGUGGACCCUGAAAAUUUGGGGGACAGGGGAGGAUGGCAGCAAAAUGGCACACUGCAACCCCCAAUGGUGCAGGGACCGAGGAGCCCUGGAGACCCACCGCCAUCACAAGCCCAGAGGGCAGGAGCAGCUCAGGGCCCAUGGCUCCCGCAUGGUGGCCCGCCCUGGGGUCUCCACCCACACCAGCCCCCGGAGCCCAAGAGCUGCCACAGGGACCUGUGACAGAGGGCCAGGCUCACACAGGCAGGGAAGCUUGACUUUCCCACAAUAUACUGAAUAAACCUGCACAGGGCUGGGGUCCUUGAGACUGACUCAGGGUCUCUGACCUUUACGUCCACACGUGGCCCAAAGAAGGCUCCCAGGGAGACAAUAAAGAGUAAGGGACGGGCCUGGGGUCCCACAGCAACACUCGCCUGGCUCCCAGCGCUGCCCAGCCCAGGGCUCGGAGGGGGAAGAGGCCAUCACACAGGAUCUGUCACACAACGGGCUGGAAGUGACCUGUCCAGAAUGAGGGCGCAGUCCAGGAUGGCCCACUGUGCGCUGUGCUCCAGCCUACACCCCU